AUGACGGAUGCCUUCCCCGCCGCCCUGACAGGGCCAACCUCCAAGGAGCGCAAAUAUGAUCGCCAACUCCGCCUAUGGGCAGCAACUGGCCAGCAAGCACUUGAGGACUCUCACGUUCUGCUGGUGAACUCUGAUGGCCCGCUCGGCCAAUACAACACCGGUGUUACCGGCGUUGCUGGUGUGGAAACACUCAAGAAUCUUGUACUGCCUGGGAUUGGUGGUUUCACUAUUGUCGACCCCGCAAUAGUCACUGAGUCUGAUCUAGGAGUGAACUUUUUCCUGGAAGAAGAAUCCUUGGGCAAGUCCCGUGCUGAGGAAACCUGCCGACUACUGAAAGAACUGAAUCCAGAUGUGCAGGGACAUUAUUAUCUUAAGCGCGUUGAGGAACUUCUUAUAGACCCUGAGUUCUUGCCCCAAUACAAGCUGGUGAUUAUUUCUGGACCAAUGAGACGCUCAACACUGGUACCUCUGACCCAGGAAGCGAAGCAACUGGGUAUCCCCGUGUUGUACCUGCACUCGGUUGGAUUCUUCUCUACCUUCUCCGUGCAGUUGCCAGCUCAAUUUCCCAUAGUUGAGACACAUCCAGACCCAGAAUCAACUCAGGACCUGCGUCUGCUAAAUCCCUGGCCUGAGCUUGUUGCCGCCGCAGCCAACCUGGACAACCUGGAUACCCUGGAUGACCAUCAACACGGCCAUGUUCCCUACAUACUCCUCCUGCUUCACUUCCUGGAGCAAUGGAAACAGUCUCACGAAGGAAACGCACCAACUAACUACAAGGAGAAAACCGAGUUCAGAGAGUUUGUGCGAUCCCAGACGCGCACUUCCAACCCCGAGGGCGGCGAAGAGAACUUCGAUGAGGCAGUCGCUGCUGUACUAAAGACAAUUUCACCAUUCAGCCUCCGCAGCUCGAUUCGUGAGAUCUUCGAAAUGGACCAGUGUCAACAACUCUCAUCAUCAUCCGAAGAUUUCUGGGUCAUUGCCUCAGCUAUCAAAACCUUCCAUGCGUCUCAUGGUGUCCUUCCUCUCCCGGGCUCCCUACCAGACAUGAAAGCCCAGUCUGCGGAUUACGUGUCACUACAAAACAUAUACAAAGCCAAAGCGCGACAAGACGUAGAAGAAGUCACAGCAACAGUACGCCAUCUCGAAUCCCAGCUCCGACGCAAAACGCAGGCAAUCCCAGACCGAGACAUCGAAGUAUUCUGCAAGAAUGCCGCACAUAUCAAAGUCGUGCUCGGUCGCGACAUCCCCCAGAUCAGUAUCGACAGCGACGCGUCGACACUUAAAACUAUCCGCAACGAGCUAAAUGUCCCGGAAACGCUGAUCCCGAUAUUCAUUGCGACACAAAUCCUAGAUUCGGUCGUGGAUGAGAUCCAAUCAAGUAGUCGCGAAGAGGAACGAUCUGUUGAUGACGACGGGCUGUGGAAUAGCCACACCGAACGGAUCCUUGCUCUGUUGACUGGGGCGGAUGGAUCGGCUGUUUGUCAGGAGGCACGCACGCAGAUCGCCUGUGCGGUUAAGGAACUGCGCAGGGCGGAGGGCGGAGAGUUGCAUAAUAUCUCUUCGUUGACGGGGGGUUUGGUUGCGCAGGAGGCCCUAAAGGUCAUUACUAGGCAGUAUGGUCCGCUUGAUAAUACUUGUGUCUUUGAUGGGGCUAGAAGCAAGAGUGAGAUGUAUAGGCUGUGA